UUAGUGAAAAUAUAUUAAUAGCAUUAAACAAUUGGUUGGUACAAAGUGUACAGGUUAUAAAAACACAAAAGAAAAAUCUUUAGAUAUAAUGCAGAUUAUCUUUUAUUUAAGUCUACAAGAUUAACAUCAUCCGGUUCAAUAAUUUUAAUGUUAACCCGGUUCUACGCGUUGAUUAUUAUUUUCAUUUACACCAAAAACAAAGCUAACGAGAUGGAGUUUAAAAUACUGUGAAAGGCUUCCUUUUCGACCUCCAAUUUCGAAUAACAUUUUUAUUUAAGGUUGGUUAUAUCUGAAUAAUUGGGGAGUCAAAAAUCAAGGAGAAAAAAACAUGUCAACGGCAGUGUUUUGUCUACGGACUGAAGAUCUGUCAUGGCAGGAUCGCACUAUUAACAUAGAGUUUAUGGUCGCGCCAGCAAAAUCACAGCUCCUUUAUAAUAAACAUAAAGGUCUGAAAACAAAAUUUGAGCAGGAAAGUUAUUAUCUAGAUAGGGAAAAGGAAUCGUUCAUGAAAUCAUUUAAAACAGAACGUAGACUUUUGGAACGUAAAAAAGAGAGAUACUCCAAACGCCGCAAUGAUAUCAUCAUUCGUAGAGCUUCCGGUGACAGCAGACGGCGGUUUAGUAUAACGGGGCGUAUUUCCGCUCCGCCAAGGUUGGAACAAGAAAAAUCCACUGAAUCAAAAGAAAAUAUGAAGACAUUUAUUACAGAAACUCCACUUAGAAUUUCAAAGUCUGCCGGUGCAAGAACGCGCUCUAAAGAUCUCGAGGAUUUAUCUUAUAAGCAAACAACAGAAAAACACCAAGCACUGUUAGCGCCUGUUACGCCUGAUAUUCGGGCAAUUUCACCGUGUGUUUCAACACGCACUAACACACCGGGUAGACCAUAUCUUCAAAGAGAAAAAUCUGUAAGAUUUCAAAAUUUGGGACUAGGUCAAACUGAUGACGAGAAAGAAACUCACAGAGUUGACACUCCUAUUCAGGAUCGCAUUAAGAAUUUUCUAGAUAAACAAACAGACUUUAACAAAAGUGGACCUACAAUAGUAACAGAUAAAAAUGGAAGAAUGCAAAAAAUGGACACACGAGUGUUAGCGCGUCGUAGAAGCAGCGUUCACUUGAAUAUGUCAAAACUUGAAGACGCUUUUAAUGAUUUCUGUAUUGACGGAACUACGGACGGUUUUGACAAGUUGGUAAAAUAUACAACUAAAAUGAGGGCAGGUGUAAAAAAUGCAAGGAAUUCAUUCUUGAUACCCAACAGCCCAUGCCAAUAGUAUUGACAUGGUUGAAACAAGGGAAAACAAUUUGGUAUCUGGGAAUGAAAAUUAUAAUGAAACGAACAUAUUAGUUAGUUUCUUUUUAAAAUAAGAUAUAUAUUCAAGUAUAGAUCAGAUAUAUAAUGCAAACAUCAGCCAAAUUUAUCUUCCGGUUAGUUUGAGUACGGGUUUUUGACGGGUUAUAGCAUUACUCAUUGACAUUGCUUUCUAGUAUCUGUAAUCGGAAUUCUUUUUAAUUUUGUUGUGCGCAAAUUUUAAUUCAUUCUCAUUCAAUUAAUUAAUUAUAUUGAAAAAAAACGUUGAACAUGUAUACUUAUUGCAAGUACAUGAUUUUUGCCUGACUCGAAGUCGCAGCCUUGAGCACGUUUUUGCAAGUUUGUUAUAUCACGUGUAUAUAUGCUAGAUGAAUUUUAUACAGAAGAAAUGCUUCCAUUCUUCGUCAUCUAUAGGCAUUUUAAGUAACGUACAUUGGAAAUCACAGACUCUUGUGAAUGGUUUAGUACUUACACUUGGAAAAUUGACUUUUGUUUUGUGACUCAGUGUUUCAUAGUCAACAAUUUUGUUUUCUUAUCAAACAUUUAUAAACAAUAUAAUCAUUCUUGAUAUGAAAAAAAGAAGACUUGUGUUGAAAGCUACAUACUUUUAAUAGAUUACUCUUAGUGUAUCUUUAUACGAAAUCAAUUUGUUCUAAAUGAAUUGACAUAGAUAAAUAUACUGUAUGCGCAUUAUGUAUAUUCUCCAAAUGCGUUGUGACUUACGAAAAAUAUGUGUUUUGACAUAUUCAGAACAUGAACCAUAUGAUUAUGCAUUCAACCUUGAACCUUUGAUAAAUACAACUUGAAUAUAAAUAACAGAUAUAAACAAAAUAUUGAAGAAUACACUUUUUCAAAUUAAAAAUCAUUGUUAAACAUCACAUUUAGUUCAUGACUGUUUCAAAAUAUAUUAUUCUUAUACAUAUCUCUAUAGUGCUCGAAUGAAAAUUGUUAACAAGAAUGUUUUUAUGAGACAUUGCUAACUACCUUUUGUUAAUCGUUUGAAAUAUUAAACCACCUUUCUUAAGACAUUAAGCCUUAUUUAAAUCUUGUUAAAUAAAUGAAUACAUUUGGCUUGUAUUCAAAACCACAUAAUUUAAUCCACUCAACAUUUAUUAUAAAUGAUACUUUGUACUUUGAAAUCGUCGUUUUAUCUAUUUUUGAAAAAGCGCGACAAAAAGACAAACCAAUAAUUUUGUAUCUUCAAUCCCUUUUUUGUCUUUCAAUGCUGUUGUUACGUAUUUUCGGUAUAUUUUAAUAAUUGAUUGACCAUAUACAUUAAUUUAUUCUACAAAGAUAGACACGUUAUGUACUGAAUUAAAAAGAAACUAUAAUUAAAAUAAUCAAAUUUAUUUUGCGUACAUGCAAUAAAGCGAUACUUAUAGAUACUAAUUAAAUAAUCAUCGUAGAAAAUGAAAACCGCAUUGCAUUAGAAUGUUAAAUCACACACGGGCACGUUUGAUAUGGUUGCAUAGAUAAACAUGAAAACUGAUAUAUAAGUCAGAAUAUUAGUUUUCCUUGCAUGAACGUACCAUGUCAUGCCUCCAGAUGAGUCAAAAUAUUUCAAUAAAAGCAAACAUGAGAAAAAUGUACUAAGAUGUAAGGAAAAGUAAAAAAGUUUCAAGAUUCAUAUUUUAGAUAUAAUGUGCGAUUAAUGACUGAUUUUUCAGUAUUAACAACUAUAUUUCUACAGCGUUACUGACGCAGUUAAGGCUAUUUAUGCAUAUUUUGACCACUUUUGGUAAUUUACAUCGUUUGUAAGUGCCAUUGAAAAUGUGUUAAUUGCGUCCUUUUGGUUACUUUACAAUAUUACACAUUCAAAUACAUUUUCAAAAUUUUCAUAAAAAUUAGCAUUAAUCUGGAAGUGUGCUGCUUUAAGACAAUGUGGUCAAUAAAUCUAGUUUAUGCAAGUUUCUAUAGAGUCACAGAUGAUGGUUUUACCUUAUUAGAGAACCAAAAGUAUGAGUGUGAACACAAGCUUUGAGAGUGAUAUAAUCCACAAGAACAUCAUACACAACCACUUCUAUUUUCAUGAAGACGUAUGCAGUACAUUUGCUUUAAUUAGACAUAUUAAAGAUUUCAUCAUCAUUCCGUCAGGCUAAAUCGUUCUUAUUUACGAAUUUAAUUUAUUACCUGGAUAAAAUUCAACAAUUUGUCUAAAAAACAAAAAACAAAAAGAAAAAAAAAAAACAUUGAAAAUGAAAUAACUCUCAAACAAUAUUAUACCAGCUAAGGAAGCAAUCUAUUUUCAUGAAAAAAGAAAUGGAUAUAAAAAGAUAUAAAGAUAUAUAGCAACCGUAAACAUCACUUAAUCCUUAUUU